UGGCGCUGCCAUUUUUCCGUGUCGACGUACAGGAUAGAGUGCAGGCGCUGACGUGGAGGAUCUGCGGUGUGUAGACUUCAGUCUGUCAGAGUCUGCAGGAACAUUCCCAACAUGAUUAAAAAAUUCGACAAGAAGGACGAGGAGGCCGGAAGUGGCUCCAACCCAUUUCAGCAUCUGGAGAAGAGUGCUGUACUGCAAGAGGCUCGCAUCUUCAAUGAGACCCCAAUUAACCCACGGAGAUGUCUGCACAUCCUCACAAAAAUCAUCUACCUGCUCAACCAGGGUGAGCACUUUGGGACUACAGAGGCCACUGAAGCUUUCUUUGCCAUGACCAGGCUGUUCCAGUCAAAUGAUCAAACCCUGAGAAGGAUGUGCUACCUGACCAUAAAAGAGAUGGCCAACAUCUCUGAGGAUGUCAUCAUUGUAACAAGCAGUCUCACCAAAGACAUGACUGGUAAGGAGGAUGUGUACAGAGGCCCGGCCAUCAGAGCUCUCUGCAGGAUCACUGAUACCACCAUGCUGCAGGCCAUUGAGAGAUAUAUGAAGCAGGCUAUUGUGGACAAGGUGGCCAGUGUCUCCAGCUCUGCUCUGGUCUCCUCUCUGCAUAUGGUGAAGAUGAGCUAUGACGUAGUGAAGCGUUGGGUCAACGAAGCUCAGGAGGCAGCUUCCAGUGAUAACAUCAUGGUGCAGUACCAUGCCCUGGGUUUACUCUAUCAUCUGCGUAAGAAUGACCGUCUCGCUGUGACGAAAAUGCUCAAUAAGUUCACCAAGUCAGGCCUCAAGUCUCCCUUUGCCUACUGCAUGCUGAUUCGCAUUGCCAGCAAGUUGCUGGAGGAGACUGAGGGAGGACAUGAUAGUCCACUGUUUGACUUUAUUGAGAGCUGUUUGAGGAACAAGCACGAGAUGGUGGUGUAUGAAGCAGCCUCUGCUAUAGUGCAUAUGCCCAACUGCACUGCCCGGGAGCUGGCCCCUGCUGUUUCUGUGCUCCAGCUCUUUUGUAGCUCACCCAAGGCAGCGUUGCGUUAUGCAGCUGUGAGGACUCUCAAUAAAGUGGCAAUGAAGCACCCCUCUGCUGUGACUGCCUGUAACCUGGACCUGGAGAAUCUGAUCACAGACUCUAACCGCAGCAUUGCUACUCUGGCCAUAACCACCCUGCUGAAGACCGGCAGUGAGAGCAGCGUGGACCGCCUCAUGAAGCAGAUCUCCUCCUUCGUCUCAGAGAUAUCGGAUGAGUUUAAGGUGGUUGUGGUCCAGGCCAUCAGUGCUCUUUGCCAGAAGUAUCCCAGAAAACACAGUGUGAUGAUGAACUUUCUGUCCAACAUGCUGAGAGACGAUGGAGGCUUCGAGUAUAAGCGUGCUAUAGUGGACUGCAUUAUCAGCAUCAUUGAGGAGAAUCCUGAGAGUAAAGAGACGGGUCUGGCUCACCUGUGUGAGUUUAUUGAGGACUGUGAGCACACCGUCCUCGCCACCAAGAUUCUGCACCUGCUGGGGAAGGAGGGUCCUCGCACCCCGUCUCCGUCUAAAUACAUCCGCUUCAUCUUCAACCGCGUGGUGCUGGAGAGCGAGGCAGUCCGUGCAGCUGCUGUGAGCGCCUUGGCCAAGUUUGGAGCGCAGAAUGAUGACCUGCUGCCCAGUGUUCUGGUCCUGAUGCAGAGGUGUAUGAUGGAUAGUGAUGAUGAAGUGAGGGACAGAGCAACAUUCUACAUGAAUGUCCUGCAACAGAAGCAGAAGGCCCUGAAUGCUGCUUACAUCUUUAAUGGUUUGUCCGUCUCUGUUCCUGGUCUGGAGAAAUCACUCCACCAGUAUACACUCGAGCCUUCAGAGAAACCGUUUGAUAUGAAAACCGUUCCUCUCGCUUCUGCACCAAUCACAGAGCAGAAAACAGAAAUUGCUCCAGUGGCUACGAGCAAGCUCCCAGAAAAACUUGCACCUUCCCGCCAAGAUAUUUACCAAGAGCAACUUGCUGCCAUCCCCGAGUUCGAGUCUCUGGGUCCUCUGUUCAAGUCUUCAGAGCCGGUCCAGCUGACGGAGGCUGAGACGGAGUACGUGGUUCGCUGCAUUAAACACACGUUCGCUGCUCACCUGGUGUUCCAGUUCGACUGCACAAACACUCUAAACGACCAGCUGCUGCAGCGCGUGCUGGUGCAGAUGGAGCCCUCAGAGUCCUAUGAAGUGGUGCACCAUGUUCCUGCACAAAACCUGCCCUACAGCCAGCCCGGCUCCUGCUACACACUGGUCCGGCUACCUGACGAUGACCCCACAGCAGUUACCUGCACGUUCAGCUGUACUAUGAAAUACUUGGUGCGGGAUUGUGAUCCGAACACAGGCGAGCCAGACGAUGAUGGUUAUGAUGAUGAAUAUGUGUUGGAGGAUCUGGAGGUGACGGUAGCGGAUCACAUACAGAAAGUUCUGAAGCCCAAUUUCGGUGCAGCGUGGGAGGAGGUUGGAGACGAGUUUGAGAAGGAGGAGACUUUUGCUCUGGCUUCAGUCCGAACUUUAGAGGAGGCCGUCAACAACAUCAUCACCUUCUUGGGGAUGCAGCCGUGUGAACGCUCAGACAAAGUUCCAGAAAACAAGAACUCUCACGUCCUCUUCCUCGCUGGUGUGUUCAGGGGGGGUUACGACGUGUUGGUGCGCGCUCGCCUCGCCCUCGCUGAUGGCGUCACCAUGCAGGUGACCGUCCGGAGUUCAGACGAGAACGUGGUCGAUGUCAUCCUCGCGUCUGUGGGUUAAAGUGAUAAAAUGCUAGAUCCGGUCACAUGCCAAUCAAACCGGAUCUUCGCAUGUUUAAACGUUUUAAAGAUGUUGCCUCUUCUGUGCUAAAUAAUGUAUGUUCUAUUGUUCUGUUGUAUCUUUUUCCACUUUUCACUUUCAACUUGGUUUGUUCAGUGGGGAAAACAAUAAACUAAAGCCUGAGCUGAUACCAUUCACUAAAUCAUCUAUGGUUCGUAGAGCUUAGUUGUAUUCCUGUGUUUUCCACACUGUAAAAACAACUGUGUCGAAAAAUCAAGAUGACCUUUACCUUUACAUUAACUAAUAAACAGCACUCAAAUACAUUAA